GCUUCGUGCCGUGUCAAGCGGCGGCCACCGGCGUGGAGUGCGGCAGCCUCCCGCCGCCGCGUAACGGGCGGGCCCGGCCGGCCGCUAAGCGCUUGGGGACGCACCUGUCGGCCCGGCCGCUUCCUGCCUCCUCCCGCCGCCGUUAGGAGCGGCACCUGGCCCCGCCGCCGCCGCCAUGGCGGAGACCGAGGAGAGGAGCCUCGACGACUUCUUCGCCAAGCGGGACAAGAAGAAACGGAAGGAGAAGAGCGGCCGCGGCGCCGCCGCGGCUUCCACGGCCUCCAGCGCUUCCAGCGCCGCCUCCAACGCCGCCGGAGCGGCCGCUGCGGCCGGAGGACCCCGCCCGACCGACGGCGGCGGCGGCUCGGGGGCGACCGCCUCGAGCGGCGGCUCCGCCAAAAGCAAGGAAGAGGAUGACUGGAAAGAGUUUGAACAAAAAGAAGAAAUUGAUUAUAGUGGUCUUAGAGUUCAGUCGAUGCAAAUAAGUGAAAAGGAAGAUGAUGAAAGUGAAAAAAGAGAAGAACCUAGUGACAACUGGGAGGAAACCAGUGGUGUUGUAGACAGAUCAUCUGGUCCUUGGAACAAGUCAGCUCCUGCACCAGCACCUGUUGUUGAAACAAUUGUUACAGAACCCCCAGAGCCAGUUCAGACUGGCGGUGUAUACAGGCCGCCCGGUGCCAGGGAGGGUGGCAGGCCUCGGAGGGCACAGCAAGGACCACCUGAAAUCUAUAGUGAUACACAGUUUCCAUCACUGCAGUCUACUGCCAAGCUUGUAGACAGUCGAAAGGAUAAAGAAAUGGAGAAGAGCUUUGAAGUAGUAAAACACAAAACUAGAGGUAGGGAUGAGGUCUCAAAAAACCAGGCACUUAAACUUCAGCUAGACAACCAGUAUGCUGUGCUUGGGGAUCAGUAGAGCUGCACACACAUUACAGUUAAGGAAUGCUUUUUUGGUAACCCUUCUACUAAGGUAACUAAACUACAGCUAACGGCUAUGAUGAACAUGCCACCUUAUUUCUGCUGGAUCUGCUGCAGCAAGUGCAGAAUACUUUGACAUAAGCGAUCGGUUCUCCUGCACUGUGGAAACGUAUGUUACAACUUCUCCAUUGGAUAUGGGGCACAUUAAUGUAAAUGAUUGAACAAGAGUCAUCGGUGUUCUUUAAUUGCUCAGAAAGAUACCUACAGCCAGUGGUCAUUUCAAAAUCUUUUUAUGUUCAGAUACUGAGCCUUCGUAAAGGUUGACUACCUCAGACUUGCUGCACUCAUUGUGGACACCAUGUGGAUCACAACUUCUGGAAGAGAAGGUUACAGCUGUUUUAGUGGCCAUCUGAAACUUGAAACCAGCUCUACUGGAUUCCUGUCAGAAAUCCUGCAGAAGUCAGCCAUUUGGUUCCAAUUUGCUAUAACAAAGAUUUAAGUGACCUUAACGAAAAACCUAUCCUGUUCCCCUUGCGAGGAAUCCUGUCAUGUGUAGCCAUAGCCUACCAGGGACUUCUGGAGCAUACCAUACCACCCAUGCUACCCAAGUAUAACACAGAGCUGUAGUUUGUUUACCUUUUUAGAUAGCUGUACUGAAGCAACGGUGAAACAAAUUAAAACUCGUUCAGUAUCAGAUUGGAGGAUUGAUGGGUUUGAAUGGUCUGUUUGUAUUAGCCAUUUUCACAGUUGUCUAAGCAUUUUUUUU